CCGCCACUCCGAAUCAAUACCACAUUACUUCCAUCUCUCCCUUGUAAUAUUUAAUAAUCAUGUUGAGCUUCAUCACUGAAUUGUUCCCUGCUGUCUACGCAGAGGAGAAGCAUGAGGAGACUCCCGCUGAGCAGCAAGAGGAGGCUGCCCCUGCUGCUGAGGAAGAGGAGCCAGAAGACAUUAAGCCCGAGAUUGAAGAGGCCUGUGGCGAAGACGCCGCUUGCUUGCCAUUGAAGCACCAUCUCGAGGAGUGCAACCGCCGUGUCCAGGAGGACGGUGCCCAUGAGGACUGUAUUGAAGAGCUUUACCACUUUUUGCACUGCGUCAACGACUGCGCUGUUCCAAAAUACUUCAAUAAGCUUGCUUAGACUAUUUUUUCAACACAUCCAAAUACAAGUUCUUCAUCUACCUUCUCAUUAAAAUAAACAAAUCAACAAAU